CUCGAGACACUAAAAAUGGCGAAUGGGGGCGUAUCAGACAGUAAAAAUACUCCGGCAAUGUUGUCACUUUUGGAACCCGGAUUAGAGAAGAGAGUCGAUUUCAGAUACGUCUACUGACGGCUGGCAUCUUAAGGAGUCUAAGAGAAUAGCAACAGAGACAACACGAAGGACAUGAACUGCACUUGAGAGGAAAUGCAUGCACCAUGUUGAAUUUUAAAGGUUUCAUACCUGCUGUGACUGUGAUACUCAUGGUUCUUAACUGGAAUCUCUGUUAUUCGUGUAACCAGGCUGAGUAUGAAAUAGGUGGUGAGUGCUGUCCUGUGUGUCCUCAAGGAAGUAGAGUUUACAAACACUGUACAGGGCAGUCCAGCACUUCCUGUGUUCCAUGUGUUGGUUUGACUUACACAGAUGAGCCAAACGGUUUGACCAAAUGCAAACCAUGUACUGUCUGUGACCAGGGCCUUGGAUUGAAAACAGUGAGGGCAUGUACAUCAUCUUCAGAUACAGUGUGUGGGGUCCUGGAAGGGCACUAUUGUAUUAAUCCAUAUAAGGGAGGGUGCAGGGCAGCCAAUAAACACACAGCCUGCAAACCUGGACAGUUCAUCCAACAGCCUGGAACAGAAUACAUUGAUACAGUAUGUGAGGACUGCAGUGAUUAUUCAUACUCUGAUGGCUCUUUUACAUCCUGUAAACCACACACAGACUGUGAAUCCAGAGGACUUGUCACAGUUAAAGCAGGAGACCAAGCAGCUGAUUCUAAAUGUGGAGAGAAAAGUAACACUGCAUUGACAGUUAUAAUAAUUAUAAUUGCUAUAGCCACAUCAGCAGCAGUAAUAGCAGCAGUAACAUAUAGAAGAAGAAGAAGAAGAAAAAAAAUUACCUGCACAUGGAUACAACCCCGGAUUGUGGUGCCAAAGUCACCAGAAGUAGAAGAUGACGAUGUGACAAAAACCCACAGAGGAGCCGCCUGAUACAUCUGAAUAUUUCACCUCCCCCUUCUUCAUAUUGAAUUCUUCAGUAACUGCAAAGCAGUAAAAAUAAUCCUUGAUUUUUGUCCAGAGGAUUGUAACGUCUGUAUCUCCUCAUGGCUUUCAGACACCAGUGUGGAUGUUCUUUGCAGUUUGAAAAAGAACAAAUCAGCUGCAGAGCUUCUUUCUGCUGCUUAGUCCAUGUCUUGGUGGCGUUUCUCUAAAGUCCUGCUUACCUGACUUUUGACUCUUAGGUGAUUUAACUGUGAUUCUCUCUUUUUAAUAAACCUGGCUCCUCAUUUCUCUGGAGCCCUGCGAUUGGUUCUGACUACGCUUUCUCAACAUUGGCAACAGAAGUUUUGAUAACACCAAGAAGUCAGAUGAAGGGGAAAGGAGCUUCUUACGGACAUGACACCAGACACCUGGUUCUUGGUCCAUAACUGCAUAACACUCAAUCCAAGGAACAGUUAUGCACAGAAGGCAGCAAUGGACAGAUGAUAUUAAUUGCAGCACCAAGAGCAUAAAGAAAAUGGGGAAAGAAAAACAUAUAAUCUUAAUAUACCUGACACAAUGUCAAUUUUUUGUCCAUUUUACUUUAUGUAACACACCUGUGAGAUAUGCUUUUGUUUCUGUUUGAAAUGUUCAUAACGAGAAAAGUGUUUGAGUUUGCUUAAGAAUAUUUACUUGUUAUUCAAUUCUUUGUGCCCUUUAUGGUACCCUUAGUAGGAACUGAUGAGAGACUAAUUUUGAAACCAGGCUCUUGUUGAGGGGCGCUCGAGAGAGAAAGCAGAGGGAGAGGUACGGUGUGGUGAUGGAAAUAAGGGCAGUGUUUUUAAGAGAAGAGUAGUUAUAAUUAUAUUAAGUGAUUUGAAUAAUUAUUGAUGUAACGUUUAAAUAUUAAGUAUAUGGUUUUUUUUUUCUGCACAUUUUUUGGGAGGUUUCUGUCAAGAAAUGUUUUGUUUCCACGAUGGAGAUAGCGAUUCACAGGACAGCAACUAGCCGCUAGCUGGCUAUAACCGUGGAAGCCUGUCGGUUAGCAGCACAAACGUCUGAGCUUCGUGUGUGCGGUCGGACUGAAAACCGGAGUCUACGGGAAAACGACGGGGGACCGAGACAGAGCUUGUCCUUUAGGGGAACUUUUUUUUGCCAGGACAGCGAUCUGGAUUCAGUUCUCUUGUUCAUUUACUCUUCAAACUGCUGCGUGGUCCUCGGUCAGUGGCUAAGUUACGUGAGUAAGGAGGACGUUCGCCUAUUUGGAAUGAGCGCCAACAUGGAGAAGGGUCUGGCUGCAGACAUCCACUGAGACUCACAUCCACUGACAGGCAGGAAGUCCACUGUGGGCCCGGAAAUGACGUCACUGUAGUUCCACCGAAACGUGCAUAAAGUAUGGUGGACUCCAAAACAAAACAAAUGCACUCAAAUGCAUAUAUACAGUAAGUGUAGGUUAGCCUGACUCAAAUUGCUGGGUUGCUGAAUUGUAUUCAAAUAAUCUCCCUCCUUCAAAAGCCCAUAAAUGCAUAAAUGUACACAUGUGUAAACUGUGGCUAUUACCCUCCAGUGGUUGUAAUGGACCUCCAUGAGAAGGGCGUAUUUAGCAUGGCUGGUAAGUAACCAGUAAUUUGUCUUAUGCUAGAGAUUCCAAUGAGUUUGUGACUUUGUUGUUGUUGUUAAUAAAUUCAUACAUGAUGUUCUUCCCAAUCACUUUCAGGAUGUGUUGUAAAAAUAUGCUAGUUAUCUAUACGAAGAAAGGUGUCCUUUCAAACAUUCUGAAUGCAUGGUUUUUGUCUUUUUAUAUUCAAUCUGACAUGCCAAAGAUAAGGAAAUGGUGGUGCCUAACUGAUGAGCAGUGGUCUGGAAAAGUAUGUAUGUAAAGCAUUGUGUUUUACAUUGAGAUGCAUUCAGAUGCAGAAUCAAGUGCACUUUCUUUGCUGUGAAGGUUUCUGUCAGAUAUAGAAUACCGGGUGAAGCCCGGCAGGGAGGCUGAAUAUUAUAUUUUUAGGGUAAUAUUCCAUUAAUUUGUCAGUGGUAGUGCAUUCAGCUAAUGGAGAGGUUUCACAUAUAUGGAUAUUAAUGACACCAUUGAUGAAACACUACCAAGACUUAGUGUUUCAAUAUCUCAAUGUAAGUGAUGUGUACUUCUACUACUCAGACAUGGACAGAGGUUUGCCUUUUGGACUGGAAAAGCUUCACACCUGCUGAAAGUGAACUUGGAGCCUCUCUCAAGGGUGAGCACUCCUGCUGUUCUCAGACCUGGUGGGCAAGCUGUAACUGACUGCUCUACAAAGUGUAAUAGUGGUGUGUGUGUGUGUUCCUCAUUUUUCUCAGGUGGUUUUCCUGUUGACUACCAGCUGCAUCUGAUUAACUUAUUCGAUCCAUGAUAUUCAGUUCCAAUGUCAUAUAGGAGUCGCGCAUCAUGAGGGACCUCUGCAGUGCCGUGUGCUGGAUUCGCAAGAAUCACUCUCUCUUCUGUGGAAUGGUGACAGAACCUGCUGUUCUCCAGAUGGAGGCUAAGGAUCAACAGGAAGCACUCAGGGAGGUCCUGGAGGGUCAAAGUGACAAUAGAAAUGACCCAUUUAUAUUUAUUUUUCAUAAUAGGGAGGACAUGGAAACCUUCCUUUCUAAUUGUGUUGAUGGGAUGGGUCUUAAACUUCAUGCCAUGUUUGCGUAAUACGAAUUGUUUUCCACAUUCUUCCUCAUUGUUUUAUUCUGUUCCUUAUACCGCUUUGUUGCACAUUCGUUCAAAUUUAUUUAUACAUCAAUACACUGCCUACAAAUAAAAUGUUGUUUGCCAUUUUAUCUA